GGAACCGCGGAGUCAGUACUCGAGGCGCGCUUCCCGAAGACGCGGCACGGACUAGGGAGAGUAUUGACGUCGCUUGAAGCCGAGGAUGGUAACCGGGAGGAUGACGCGCACGGCUCUCAGAUUUUGUCUGCUGGCGGUGAUGCUGAGUGGCGGGGCGAUGUCGGUACCCUCUGAGGAAUAUGAGACAGUACGCACGAGCAACGCGGCGAUCUUGAAUCGGCUGGGUCUGGUGCCGGUCGGCCAGCCCGACGGUCAUCACAGGAAGCGUCUUGCGGGACCGGAAGCCUUCGGCGCCCGGGACGGUAUGCGUGUCCACCCGGCGGCAUACGGCAGGCGCCAUAGUGGCUCGCCCCACGACAGCCACGUGUACGUGGUUAAACUGCCGGCAAGUCCGCCCUAUUACAGCUUCUCCAAGCCUCAUAAACUCGCGGAGACGAACGUGACGGUGACAAAACCGAAUCCGGGCUUCCGAAGCAACGGCAAGCCAGCCAAAAUCUAUCACUGGAAUUUGCCUCUCGUCAAGAAAAUCAACGAGAAGAAGAAGCAUCUCGCGCUCCUCAAGGUGGAGCAGGCCAGGAAGAAGACGGAGGCCGAGCGGGAGCGGCUCAAGGUCGCCGAAAAGUUGAGCUACUUCAAGAAGCUGGCACAGGAGCAGCUGGUCGCGACGGCACUGAGGAAGCCCAGGCUGAGUCAUCCGGAGAAGGCUGAGGCACGAAUCGGAAGUUUGGACAACAUCGCCCAAUUAAAGAUUCGACCGUCGACUGCGUCGAGCUCAAAUGGCGAGAAGAUCUACAGGCUGGAGAGCAAGGAGGAUCGCAAGGCGAUAUCGAGGAACGUCGCGGGGCAGCAUCAUCGCUUCAAUAAUUGGCAGGAGGCUUCCGGGAACGAUGUCCACGGCUCGCAUAAUGCCUUGGAUGGCGCCCGGACCAAGACCCACAAGAAGAAGUCUCCCGUGUCGUACUACUACGCCCCGGCCUUGGUCGGCAAGUCCAUCUCAACCAGCAUUAGUAAGCAUUUCGCCGGCAACGGGAAGCCUAAGGCCUUUUACGUCAUGGAGAAGAGCCGAAAACCUGUUUACUAUCACCCGCUGCUCCCGUAGAUGCAGGUGAUAGAGCUCGCGAGGGGAUACGGUAGCACGUUCGAUGGAUGAUUGAAUGGUUCGUGUUGACGUGGCGGACUUUGAUAAAACAGUGGUGUCACUCGCGUCUAGACCAACGCCAUCCUCUUUACCGCUUUAAAUUUUUAUCCAGGGUGCGCGAGAAUUUUACAAGGGGUGCUUCAUUGACUUGCUUAAAUUACCAGCUGGUGUAUUUAGUUCACGUAACGAUUCCACGGCUCUGCUGGUUUAGAAGCACGAGGUGGAGUUUACGAGAGCUAGAGGCCCAGCUGGUAUCACAUGGAUUUGGAAAAGGUACACGGGGAAAUUUUAAGGAAAAUUAGAGAUCAUGUUUAUUAGUGCAUUAAUAAUUCGAUUAAAUUACGAGUAAAUGAUAAAUAGCAUUUCAAGCGAAAGAUCACGAUCCCCCUUUGACACGAGGCCUUUCAUCAAUUCUCUACCGUAAAGUAUCAAUCAUUAUUAUUUUUACUAUUAUUUUUCUUUCUGUAGCCACAACUAUUAAAUGGUAACA